AUGUUUUCUUCAUGUAACUCCUUUCGAGGAAAUCUUGUCAUCCCAAAAGCUCGGCAUCUUAAAUGUGUAACGUCGUUUUGGAGAUGGCAAAAAACAGAAGCGCGUCCGUUGGAAAACCGGGAAAGUUUCGACGAUCUCAGCACAAAAUCAGCUGAAAACACUGAACGCGAAGUGCGACCAUUCAAUGACAUUCCUGCGCUCGAGACAGGCUUGACAUCUACAAUUCGAUAUUUUCGUGAAACUGAGGGUUUUACCAAAGUGUUCAAACUCUCCAAUCAGCUGUUCACGAAACAUGGUCCUAUUUUCAAGGAAGAUAGCUUUUUUGGCAGCCCAGCGGUACACAUCAUCGAUCCUGAGGAUUUUGAGAAAGUUUUCCGCUCCGAAGGAAGAUAUCCCCGCCGACCGCCAAUGGAAAUUUGGAUUGAACAUCGAAAACGGAGGGAUUAUUUUCCCGGGGUUUUUAAUGCGUAAGUGAAUGAUGAUACGUAAACAAUAUUUGUACCGGUCUAAUUGGAGCUCUCUAAAUACUCACCCUACCCCCAUCACCAAUCCACACCCCAUUCUCGAGCACUCAUUUCUGUCUCUCCAAGGUGGGUGGGGCUGGGGGACUCUCAUAUGGAAAGAACACGGAUGCUUGUCGUAUUGCUUAAUUAACGGUGCAAACUGCAGAUUUUGGUCACCCUUUGGGGUAGACUCUCUUUGGCAGCUCACAUGCUCGACAGGAUUCAAACAAUCCCCUCCACCCCCACACGGCUGCCUCAGAGCGAUGUACAUUCCUUUCUUGAGCCCACCCUGGGCGGUAAUGUAAAGUAGACUAUCUUUGGGGUGGUGAGGAUGGAAAGCUUGAAUAUGUAAGUUAAUAUGGGCUGAGUAUUUAAAACUGCAUGCUUUAAUAGGAGCCUAAUACUAACCCCACUCCACAAAUCACAUUGAGCAUUACUAUCUUUUCUGCUCAUGUUAACCUGUGACACAGACGUAAUCUAAACCGGGUUAGCAACAUCUGUGAAACAGGGCCAAUGCCCUCAUUCUGGGCCCCCAAAGGUUUAAAUUUCCCUACAAACUGAUUGGUAAAUUUAUAGACAAAUAAUGGCUUUUUAACAGGCCAAUCACAGUGGGUACUCAGAUCUUUGAAAACUGUCAGCCUAACAUCUUUCUUGGUACCACUGUAAGCCUGAAUUAUGAUCAAAGGAAAAAUGUGGCCAAAUAAUAAUGUAAGAUGAAGUAUUACACAAACUCAGGUACUUUAACAAUACCCCUUUCCCCAACCCCCUAGCCAAUAAUAUUGUCCGACUAUCAGUGAAAUGUUUUUGAAUGGGGUAGAUAUAUAUUGACGGUAUAGAAGGAAUAAAUAAUUGCUGUCUGAAAGUUCACCUGAUUUAUUUUGAUAUUAUAGGGAAGGAGAAGAAUGGUACCGGAUUCGAAAAAGUAUUGCCCCAAAAAUAAUGCGUCCAAAAAUAAUAGAGGAAAAUAUUGAUAACUUUAAUGCUGUUACCAAGGAUACGGUAGCAAGGUUUGUUAAACUGAACAAAGAUUGUGGACCAUAUGAUCACAUGCCUGACUUGGAAGGGGAAUUGAGUAAAUGGGCAACUGAAAGUAAGUUUGUGCUACUAUACAUAUACACUAAAGCACCACUGAAUAGUUUACACCCUUAUAAGUCUCAAAUACUGUCGUCUAAUCUUACUUUACUGCUUCCUAGAAUGCAAUUUAGCUAUGUGCUGCAAAAAAAAGAAGAAGAAGAAAAAAAGAAGAAGUUGGCACUUGAUGUCUCACUAAAUGUAGCAGUUAACCCUCAGGAAACCAGCAGAUCUGUUUUCAGUCUGCUGCAGAUCUGGUGACAAAUCUGUUAUAGAUAUGCAGAUUCUGAUAGUGUAUAGAUUUGUCUACAGAUUAUUUGCAGUUUAUCCCUGUUUCACAUGGUGGAGUCUAACAACAAGGUGGAAUGUGGUAACCCGGUGUGUCCCUCCUCUAAAUUAGCCACUGGCGCUCCAUUUUGCUAAGAACUGAAGGGAGGGCUACCAUACUCUCACUAAGAAUGUUGGGAUGGGAAUGUGCUACUGGGACCCUGGAACUGUGAGCCUUUAUACCAGAUCUAAAUUGGCUGAAGUUUGCUACCUUAUACUAAACUAAACUCCCUAAAUCCUCCUUAUCCUAGACUUGUAUUUUAUAUUUAUUGAUGCUAUUUAAACUGAGUUGAGGGUUAAACAUUGAUUAACCAAUUCAUUUUUGUAAGUGUCAGUUCCCAGUUUUCGUGUAUAGUCUUGACUAAAAGCCUCCACCAAUUGCCCAGUUUCCUGAAAAUGAUACUCUGUUCUAGACCCAAACUUUAUUUGCGAUUUUUAUACCAUAUUCCAGACCAAACUGCUUGAAAAACAUACCCCUCACUCCGGCACUCACAUAUAUAGCAUGGGGUAGGGUGUGGGGGGCUAAAAAACCGUCUCUGUUAUAUAUAGAUUUUUUAAGUGAAAACCCAACUAUUCCAAGGAACCACCCAAUUAGAGUAAAACAAACACAAAAUAUCUAACUUCAUGUGAAUGUUUAUUUAAUUUUUUUUUGCCCAGGUGUUAGUACAGUGGCAUUUGACACCCGUCUUGGGUUGUAUGAUGAUUCGCCGCCACCGGAAGCGCUGCUAUUUAUCAAAGAGGUUCAAAACUUCUUUGCUCUUUCCCACAAGCUCCUUUUCAGUGCAGUAAGCAGGUUUGCUCGGCAGUACUUUGAUACUCCUUUACUUAAAAGGUUUCUGAAGUGUGGUGAUACUAUCUUAGACAUUGGACAGGGUUUUGUCGACAAAAAGAUGAAGGAAUUGAAAGAAAUGACAGAGAAAGGAAUUGAUCCUUCUGAUAACUCCCAAGGUUUGUUCUGUUGACUUUCUUGCACAUAAUUUUUCCCCUUGAUUUUUACCUGUCACUUUAAAUGACUAUAGGGCUAUUUUCGAUGAUUUCACCCAAUUUGUUUGUGGUGAUUUCUGUCCCCCAAUGUAUUUUUCCUUAAGUUUGUCAUGAUCGAGUGCCUAUGUCAUAGUAGACCAGAGGCUGUACUAACCAUUGCCCACUUUUUUAGUAAAGACAAGACUCUAGGGGCAUUAAGUCAAGGGGGAGGGGAGAAGAUUUAGAGAGAGACCAGAGAAAAAGAUCAUGGACAGAUAUAGAAUAGGGAAAAAUAAUUAUUAUUGUUUCUUCUUAUUUCAAACUAGUUGUUUCAGUGUUAACGUAUUUACUCACUAAAGAAGAUCUGACUCUUGAGGAAGUAAAUGGCCAUGCUAUUGACGUGGUAGCUGGGGGUGUUGAUACUGUGAGUACUAAGUAGAAUAUUAAAUUUAUAGAUUAUUUACUUGAAAUAGAACUGUAUGUUAUUAUUAUUUUUUAAGUAACAUUAUGAUCUUAAUAGCCAUCAUCAUCGUCGCCGUCAUCAUUAUCAUCAUCAUCAUCAUCAUCAUCAUCACAGGGGCAGAUCCAGGAUUUUUUUUAGGAGGGGGUGCACUCGUCUCUUGCUUUACUUCAACACCAAUAAACCACAUAGUUUUUUUUUUUUUUUGCAGAAUACCAGUUGUAUUAGAAAACCGCAGGUCAUCUCAGGGGGCGGGGGUGCGCACCCCCUGCACCCUCCCCCUAGAUCCGCCCCUGCAUCAUCAUCAUCAUCAUCAUUUUAGUCGUCAUCAUUAACUUCAUCGUCUUGUCAUCUACUUUUUAUCCUCUUGUGACUCUCAUUCAUUUGUAGAUGCAAACAUGUAAAUGAGAAGGUACAACUAAUUUUAGGUACACCUAAUUGUGUAACGUGGGCCUGCCAUAUAAAAUCGAGGUUGAUUCAAGUCUAUCCUAAACCUCUGGGCAUAAUAUAAGAGUUUGGAAAAAGUACUGCCUAGGUGCUUUUAUUUGGAUGGUUCUUGUGCAACAUAAUAAACAGCACCACAAGAAAAACUGCUCCAUAGCUUUCAUUUCAAAGAUCACAUUUUACGCUGAUUUUGUCGUCAUAUCCUAGGAGUCUAGCCUGCGAAGACGUUUUUCUGGUCGUCGCUUGUCUUCACCCGAAAAUUUACACCCAAGCCUUGAAACCACCUUGAGCACCAUAAGCCGGACCAUAUCUUUUCUUGUUCUAAUUUAGUUUUUCAGAGAUCUUUGUUUUGUUUUCUCUCUCGCCAUACAGACAUCAGUAACUGCCCUUUGGUGGUUAUAUAACCUGGCACGAUUUCCUCACGUGCAAGAAAAAAUCUAUCAGGAGAUACAGAGCGUUGUCGGAACAGACGGAGAAGUUACACCGCACAAUCUUGCUAAGCUUCACUAUCUCAAAGCGUCUCUCAAAGAAUCCUUAAGGUAGACCUUUGUUAAAAGUACUCAGCAUAAAUUAAUUUUUGAUUUAUUUGCAUUGUUUCCUCCCUUUUUUUCCUGUUUUUGUUUUAUUCCACCAUCAAGCGUUAACAAUGUUCAACAUCGUUGCCUGAGGGCGUUGUCCUUCCUUGGAACGUCUCAGGUUGCACCAAUGUUCAGCCCAUAAGAUCUCACAACUAAUGUUUUGUGCAUAUUGAAAUUAUGGGGAAUGUCAAUGACGUGGUCUCCAUAAUCAGCUACUUUUUUUCACUUUAUUAGGCUUAUUUUGUUUGCAGAGGUGGCUAAAUGCUUAAACAUUUGUUCCUGCCAAAAGCCGGCAUUUUCAUGUCUUGUUAAAUAUGGGAAACCAUUGUUAUGUUAAUGCAAAGUCAAUAGAAGCUGGCAGUGGGUCAAACGUGUGAUUCGAAUACAAUGUGGACGAAAACUGUUUGUUCCUUCAACCCUUUAAGCCCUUUUUAUAUGCUCAUGCAAAUUCUCUAACCUGAUCUCCGUACAUUUUCUUAUUUUCAUGUAUUGAAGGUUAACACCUACUGCAGCAGGCCUGCAAAGGAUACUGGACCAGGACAUUGUCCUCUCUGGAUACCAAGUCCCAGCACAAGUAAGUAUACCCUAAAAGGUGAAAGCAGUGUUGAUUUUCACCUUUCGUAUACCUUUCAUUGACAAAUGGUACCCCUUUCACAUAUGGGUGAAUACUGUUUAACCACUGUAAGUUUACCGUCUUUUAAAUGUGAAUUAACCACUAAGCCAGGAAGUUUUUUUGUUGUUGUUUUCCAGACCGAAAUGGCAGAUUUUUCUAUCCUUUCUUAUAUUUCAUUUGGUGAAAUCUGUUGUCUUUCCCAUACCUAAAGCCCUGAAAAUAGUUACCCUUUCGGGCGGGGCCUUCCCGUGUAGGCCAUGAUAUGGUCCUUCUUGCCUUUUUGACCCAAUAGCAUCUACUGAAAAAGGCAAGGCCUGGUAAGACGCCUAGACUGCGAGCAGUUUCUCUUUUUCUUCAGAUUUAGUGAGGGGAUACCCCCCGCGCGCGAGCUUCUCGCGCCUUCAGUCAAGCGCGUGGUUAUUUACGUGUCUCGUGCGUUUCGCUCAACGGGCUAAGAAAAAAGAGAGACUGCUCGUAGUCUUUAAGACGCCUUACAGGGACUCAGCCAAACGUUUGCAAACGGAAGAAAACUGAAGAAUAUCGGACUCAAUCGUUUGGACGUAGCGUUAGCGUGUAAUGCCUGUCGGUGAAAAGUAUGUCGGACACCGUAAAAUUCCGAAAAUAAGCCCCUCCAUGUAUAAACCCCUCCAAAUAUAAGCCCCCCGAUCUGGUAACGCAAAAGACCCUCCGUUAAAUCACCGCUCCAAAUAUAAGCCCCCGCGGACUUGUACUUGGAAAAUUGCCCUUUAUACUUCCAACUAUAAGGCUAGCCCAAUCGAUUUUGAAACGCAAAUUUCCCUCCGUAGAUAAGCCCAUCCGAAUAUAAGCCCCUCAAAAAGGGCCUUUGAAAAAUAUAUUUAUUUAUUUUCGGAAUUUUACGGUACUCUAUAUGUCCGCUGUCCGCUGACCAUUUUGUUCGGUUUACAAUGUUUCUUCCAGACCAUUGUACUAAUGGAAUUCUUCUGCACUACACUCUCUGGAAAAUAUUAUAAAGACUCUCUGGAGUUUCAGCCCGAGCGUUGGCUGAGAGAAAACAAAGACGAAAAUCACCCUUUUUCCAAUCUUCCGUUCGGAUUUGGAACCCGUAUGUGCCUGGGUAAGUGA